ACCACUGUAGCUCCUACUACAACUGAGGCCUUAACAACCACUGAUGCUGCCACAACCACUGUAGCUCCUACUGCUCUAACAACCACUGAAGCCACAACAACCACUGAACCUCCAACAACCACUGUAGCUCCAACUACCACUGAGGCCCCAACAACCACUGAAGCUGCAACAACCACUGUAGCUCCUACUACCACUGAGGCCCUAACAACCACUAAAGCUGCCACAACCACUGUAGCCCCAACUACCACUGAAGCCCAUACAACCACUGAUGCUGCCACAACCACUACUGAGGCUCUAACAACCACUGAAGCCACAACAACCACUGAACCUCCAACAACCACUGUCGGUCCUACUACCACUAAGGCUCUAACAACCACUGAAGCCACAACAACCACUGAACCUCCAACAACCACUGUAGCUCCUACUACCACUGAGGUCCUAACAACCACAAAAGCUGCCACAACCACUGUAGCUCCAACUACCACUGAAGCCCAUACAACCACUGAUGCUGCCACAACCACUGUAGCUCCUACUACCACUGAAGUUGCAACAUCCACUGUAGCCCCUACUACCACUGAGGUCCUGACAACCACUAAAGCUGCCACAUCCACUGUAGCUCCAACUACCACUGAAGCCCAUACAACCACUGAUACUGCCACAACCACUGCCCAUACAACAACUGUAGCUGCAACAACCACUGUAGCUCCUACUACCACUGAGGUCCUGACAACUACUGAAGCUGCCACAACCACUCUCCAACUACCACUGAAGCCCAAACAACCACUGGAGCUGCCACAACCACUCCACUCUCCUACUACCACGGAGGCCCCAACAACAACUGUAGCUGCAACAUCCACUGUAGCCCCUACUACCACUGAGGCCCCAACAACAACUGUAGCUGCAACAUCCACUGUAGUUCCUACUACCACUGAGGUCCCAACAACUACUGAAGCUGCCACAACCACUGUAGCUCCAACUACCACUGAAGCCCAAACAACCACUGGAGCUGCCACAACCACUCUCCAACUACCACUGAAGCCCAAACAACCACUGGAGCUGCCACAACCACUCUGCAACAUCCACUCUCCUACUACCACUGAAGUCCUGACAACCACUGUAGCUCGUACUACCACUGAGAUCUCAAUAACCACUGAAGGUGCAACGACCACUGUAGCUCCUACUACCACUGAGGCCCUAACAACCACUGAAGAUGCAACAACGACUGUAGCUCCUACUACCACUGAGGCCUUAACAACCACUGAAGAUGCAACAACCACUCUGCAACAACCACUCUCCUACUACCACUCUCCUACUACCACUGAAGUUGCAAUAACCACUGAGGCCGUAACAACCACUGAAGCCGCAACAACCACUGAAGCUGUAACAACCACUUUGGCUCCUACUACUACUGAAGACCUAAUAACCACUGAAGCUCCUAAUACCACUAAAGCUGCAACAACCACUGAAGACCUAACAACCAAUGAAGCUGCCACAACCAGUGAUGCACUGACAACUACUGAACACCUGAGAAGUACAGUAGCCUCCUCCUCCACUGAAGCACUAACAACAGUAAAAUCUACUAGUACUGCCUUCACAGAAACUCCUUCACCUUCCUCAUCCACUUCAGUCUCUACUACUACUGAAGCUCAAAAAACCACUUCAGCUUCAACUACAAUUUCACGCUACACUACCACUGAAGCUCAAACAAUCACUGCCAGCAAACCCCCCAAAACAACUAUGGCAGUUCCAACCACUUCAGCCCCCACUAACACUGUGGACCCCACAAAAACCCUAACAACUACUGUAAGUCAUAUAACAACUGAAGAUCAAACAACCACUGUAGCUCCUACUACGACACAAGUCCCAACAACCUCUGAAUCUCCAACAACCAAUGAGGCCCUAACAGACACUGAAGCUACUACAACCACUAUAGCUUCUACUACCACUGAAAUUGCCACAUCCACUGCCGCUCCAACAACCACUGAAGCUGCCACAACCACUGAAGCUCCUACCACCACUGAAGCCCCAACAAUCACGGAAGCUCCUACUACCAUUGAGACCCUAACAACCACUGAAGCUGCCACAACCACUGUAGCCCCUACUACCACUGAUGCUCAAACAACCACUGAGGCUACAACAACCACUAGGCCCCCAACAACCACCCGAGAUGCAACAACCACUGUAGCUCCAUCUACCACUGGGGUCCCAAUAAACCACGAAGCUGCAACACCACUCCCAACAACCACUGAAGCUGUAACAACCACUGUGGUUACUAGCCCUAUGGAAGGCCAGCAACAACCACUGAGUUUGCUACAACCAUUUGUCCGAACAACCACUGAACUCCUACUUACCACUGAGACCCAACGACCACUGAAGGUUGCUACAACCACUUUAGGUCCUACAACUGAGGCCCCACAACCACUAAGGCUCAAACAACCGCUGAAGCUGCCACAACCACUCUGCCACAACCACUGUAGCCCCUACUACCACUUGAUGCUCAAACAACCACUGAAGCUGCUGCAACACCAUGUAGCUCCUACUACCACUGAAGCCCUAACCACCCUGAAGCUGCACAACCACUGUCCUACAACUGAGGCCCCAACAACCACUAAGGCUCAAACAACCGCUGAAGCUGCCACAACCACCGCUCCAACAACCACUGAAGUUGUUACAACUACUGAAGCUCCUACUACCACUGAGACCCCAACGACCACUGAAGUUGCUACAACCACUUUAGGUCCUACAACUGAGGCCCCAACAACCACUAAGGCUCAAACAACCGCUGAAGCUGCCACAACCACCGAAGCUGCCACAACCACCGUAGCUCCUACUACCACAGAGGCCCCAACAACCACCGCUCAAACAACCGCUGAAGCUGCAACCAGUGAAGCUGCUAUAACCACUGCAGCUCCUACUACCACUGAGGCCCUAACAACCACUGAAGCCACAACAACUACUGAAACUGCAACAACCACUGUAGCUCCUACUACCACUGAAGCUGCAACAACGACUGUAGCUCCUACCACUGAAGCCGCAACAACUACUGAAGCUGCAACAACCACUGUAGCUUCCACUACCACUGAGGCCCAAACAACCACUGAAGCUGCCACAGCCCCAACGACCACUGAAGUUGCUACAACCACUUUAGGUCCUACAACUGAGGCCCCAACAACCACUAAGGCUCAAACAACCGCUGAAGCUGCCACAACCACUGUAGCUCCAUCUACCACAGAGGCCCCAACAACCACCGAAGCUGUAACAACCACUGUAGCCCCUACCACCACUGAAGCCGCAACAACCACUCCUACUACCACUGAAUCCCUAACAACUACUGAAGCUGCCACAACCACUGUAGCCCCUACUACCACUGAUGCUCAAAUAACCACUGAAGCUACCACAACCACUACUACCACUGAGGCCCCAACAACCACUGAGGCUCCAACAACCACUGAAGUUGUUACAACUACUGAAGCUCCUACUACCACUGAGACCCCAACGACCACUGAAGUUGAUACAACCACUUUAGGUCCUACAACUGAGGCUCCAACAACCACUAAGGCCCAAACAACCGCUGAAGCUGCCACAACCACCGUAGCUCCUGCUACCACUGGGGCCUCAACAACCACCGAAGCUGCAACAACCACUACUGAAGCCCUAACAACCACUGAAGCUGUAACAACCACUGUGGUUACUACCACUGAGGCCGCAACAACCACUGAUGUUGCUACAGCCAUUGCUCCAACAACCACUGAAGUUGUUACAACUACUGAAGCUCCUACUACCACUGAGACCCCAACGACCACUGAAGUUGCUACAACCACUUUAGGUCCUACAACUGAGGCUCCAACAACCACUAAGGCUCAAACAACUGCUGAAGCUGGCACAACCACCGUAGCUCCUGCUACCACUGGGGCCCCAACAACCACUGAAGCUGUCACAACCACUGUAGCUCCAUCUACCACAGAGGAGGCCCCAACAACCACUGAAGCUGCAACAACCACUGUAGCUCCUACUACCACUGAAGCCCUAACAACCACUGAAGCUGUAACAACCACUGUGGUUACUACCACUGAGGCCGCAACAACCACUGAUGUUGCUACAACCAUUGCUCCAACAACCACUGAAGUUGUUACAACUACUGAAGCUCCUACUACCACUGAGACCCCAACGACCACUGAAGUUGCUACAACCACUUUAGGUCCUACAACUGAGGCUCCAACAACCACUAAGGCUCAAACAACUGCUGAAGCUGGUGCAACAACCACUGUAGCUCCAUCUACCACUGGGGUCCCAAUAACCACUGAAGCUGCUACAACCACUGUAGUUCCUAUUACCACUGAGGCCCUAACAACCACUGAAGCCGCAACAACCAGUGAAGCUGCAACAACCACUGUAGCCCCUACUACCACUGAGGCCCAAACAACCACUGAAGCUGCGACAACCACUGUAGCUCCUACUACCACUGAAGCUGCAACAUCGACUGUAGCUCCUACUACCACUGAAACCGUAACAACCACUGUAGCUCCUACUACCACUGAGGCCCCAACAACCACUGAUGCUGCAACAACCACUGUAGCUCCUACUACCACUGAAGCUCCAACAACCACUGAAGCUGUAACAACCACUGCGGUUACUACCACUGAGGCCGCAACAACCACUGACGUUGCUACAACCAUUGUAGCUUCUACUACCACUGAGGCCCCAACAACUGAAGCUGCCACAACCACUGAAGCUCCUACCACUGAAGCCCCAACAACCACGGAAGCUCCUACUACCAUUGAGACACUAACAACCACUGAAGCCGCAACAACCAAUCCUACUACCACUGAGGCCCUAAUAACCAUUGUAGCUGCAACAACCACUGUAGGUCCUACUACCACUGAAGUUGCAACCAGUGAAGCUGCUACAACUGCUGUAGCCCCUACUACCACUGAAGCCACUGAGGCCCUAACAACUACUGAAGCCGCAACAACAACUGAAGCUGCAACAACCACUGAAGCCGCAACAACCACUGAAGCUGCAACAUCCACUGUAGCCCCUACUACCACUGAGGCCCAAAUAACCACUGUAGCUCCUACUACAACUGAAGCCACAACAACUACUGAAACUGCAACAACCACUGUAGCUCCUACUACCACUGAAGCCACAACAACGACUGUAGCUCCUACCACUGAAGCCGCAACAACCACUGAAGCUGCAACAACCACUGUAGCUUCCACUACCACUGAAGCUGCCGCCCCAACAACCACUGAGGCUCCAACUGAAGUUGUUACAACUACUGAAGCUCUUAUUACCACUGAGGCCCCAACGACCGCUGAAGUUGCCACAACCACUUUAGCUGCCACAACCACUGAAGGUCUUACUACCACUGAGGGCCCAAUUACAACUGAAGUUGUUACAACCACUAUAGGUCUUAAUACCACUGAUGCCCCAACAACCACUGAAGCUGCCACAACUAUUGAGGCCCUAACAAUCCUUGAAGGAACCACAACCACUGAAGCCCUGACAACUACUGAACGCCUGACAAGCACAGUUGCAUCUACAGUUGCAUUAUCAACAAUAGAAUCUGCCAUAUCUGUCCCUACUAAAACAUUGGCUCCAACUACCACUGAAACUAUCACAACUACUGAGACCAAGACAACAACCACUUCCUCCCCAGUUACUACCAAAUCCCUAACAACCACUUCCUCCCCAGUUACUACCAAAUCCCUAACAACCACUUUAAGUUCUACAACCAUUGAAGCCCCAACAACCACCAUCACUUUUACUAGCGCUGAUGUUGCCCUGACAACCAAUGAAGCUGCCACAAUCACUGUAGCUUCUACUAUCACUGAGACCCCAAUGACCACUGACACUGCCACAAUCAUUAUUGCUCCUACUAUCACUGUGGUUCCAACAACAAUUGAAGCAGCCACAAUCAUUGAUGCUUCUAUUACCAAUGAGGCCCAAAUGAACUCUUUAGCAGUGAAAACCACCUCACUCCCCACUAAAACUUUGGCCCCAACUACCAAUGGAUUUCAUAUUAACACUGGGCCGCUGACGACAACUGAAUCUACAAUUCUUAUUAUCACUAAGGCCAUUGCAGCUUUUACUUCCACUGAGGCCAUAACAACCACUGUAGCUCAUAUUGCCACUGAUGUGCCAACUACUGAAGUUGAAACAACCACUGUAUUUCCUAUUACCACUGAGGCCCCAGCCUCAGCAACCACUGAAACUGCAACAACCACUGCUGCUCCUACUGCCACUGAGGCACAAAGAACCACUGAAGCUGUAACAACAACUGCAAUAACCAGUGUAGCACAUACUACCACUGAAACCCCCAACGACACUGUUGCUUUUACUACCACAAAGGCCCCCCAUAACCACUGUAGCUCCCACUACCACUGUAGAUGCGACAAUCCCACUUUAACACCAGCACCUACAACUACCUCUGUUUUCAAUAACACACCACCUGACAGUCACUCAGACUACUACAGCUACUCCAACCUUCACUGCACUUCCACAUUUGCCAACGCAAGCUCUACAAGUUUCAUUACUUCUACAACGCUGGCAGCCUUUAGUACAACCACGCAAUUUUCUACAGAUCUUACAAUGCAACAUCUGACUCGCCAGCCUCCAAUUCAGCUUUUGUCUCCGGUAUCACAUUGGCCCUGCAUUAAUCAACCCCCAAUGACCAUGAAGCUUUUUACAUUGGAGAGUUUCAAGUUUCAUUUCUCCAUCUUCAGUACUGUGUCUUUGAUGGAGUCAUGUAGCAAGUGUGCAAUAUUCAUGGAUCCUCACAUUCAAACAUUCGAUAAUGAGUUACUUACAUUGACCACAAAGUGUAACUACUCCCUUGUGCAACCCGGUUUUAGUUACUCUCCGGACUUUGCUGUUUAUACACAGUUUGAAACUUGCUUUAAUAUCGGGUCUUGCGUAGGCCACAUAACAUAUGUGGACAAUGCCAACACCGUUAUAUCACGCGAUAUUGCUGGCUGGACAGACGAUGAGACGCUUAACGUGAACGGCGAGGACUACUCUCUCCUGAACUACCCGACCCCCGUGACAUCAGGCAGCACCCCGCACCCUGUCCUGGCAUGGAGCAAGGGCAACAGCAUUCGCCUUGUCGGUUCCAGCAAAGUUGCAAUGCAGAUAUACAAGACCGUGACGUUUGUAUUCAUCCACGAGAGUGUAACAAACCUCCACGGCCUCUGCGGCACAGAAGACAGCUCCUCUGACUAUGUUGAUCGUUUAAAUGCAACUUCCACACCUGACGCGUUCUACGAUUCUUGGAAGGUGGACUGCUUUGACGUUUCCAACACAAACACAACAGACUUCGUGCAAUUCUCGUCGAAAGAAGAGGGCAACUACAGCGAUUCAGUUGCUUGGUGUCGCUGGAUGCACAGAGACGCGGUUGACUUCGAAAUUACUAAUCUUGAUAUUUCGUCUCUUGAUCGUCCCUUAGACAUGAUACGAGACCCAAGCCAUAUCAACUCCAAAACACUAUUCGAACACAUUAUGAAGCUUCAUCUGUUUCCAUAUUUGAAAACAACAAGUACCAACCUCCCGGAAUCAAUUCCUAGCAAUCGCUUCGGGUUCAUCUACUCCCGAGGUAACGAGUGUACAGUCGACGCCAGCAAAAGGGAGGAAUUUAACAGCAGCUGCACCACUGUCGUCCUUUCCACAACGCAUCUAAACUAUUCAGUCCCUGAAGUGUCCUCCGAGAAUCUGAUUAAUGCCUGUGUGUUCGAUCUGUGCAUGGUGUACAUGAACACGAGCGAUGAUCAAGCUGUUUUAGAUUAUUUGUACGCCGAUGUCGUUGACACAGUGCAAGCCUUCAUCUUAACGACUAUAAAUGUCACUACAUCAUCGACUGCCUCACCCACAACCACCUUAGAAUCUACAAGUUCGGCCACGACCUCAGUUACAGAAACAGCUAUCGCCACAACCCCAGUCCUAAUAACAACUCAGUACAUCACCAAUGACCAAAUACUCAGUCGCAUCAAGAUGCAUUCCAUCAACAACUGCAGAGAUAGCAACCGCUUCAACGCCAGUCCCAUUAUCAAGGACAGAGAAAUUCCUAAAACAAGUACUAUUUCAGGAACCACAACUUCAAUUCCUGAAACAACUGUUUCACUUACCAAAACUUCAUUUCUUGAAACAAGUACUACUUCAGGUCCAACAACAAGUACUAUUUCAGAAACUACCUCAGUGACCACAACUUCAGUUCCUGAGACAAGUACUAUUUCAGAUACUACGACUCCACUUCCUGAGGCCGCAACAACCACUGAAGAUGCCAUAACAUCUGUAGCUCCAACAACCACUGAAGCUCCUACUACCACCGAUGCGUUUACAACCACAGAAGCUGUCACAACCACUGUGGUUCUUACUAAAACUGAGGCCCCAACAACUACUGAAGCUCCAACAACCACUGUACCUCUUACUACAACAGAUGCCCCAACAACAACUGAAGCUGCCACAACCGCUGAAGCUGAGACAACCCCUGAAGCUGCCACAACUACUAUAACUAUUACUACCACUGAGACUCUAACAACCACUGAACCUGCCACAACCAUUCUCCUACUACCACUGAGGAAACAACUACCACUGAAGGUGCCACAACUACUAUAG